CUAAAUUAAAGUAACUUUGCAAUUUUUCUGUGGGGAUUCUGUCGAAUAUUUCAAGAGGACACUGGCAGAGCAAUAAAAAGCUUCCAUCAUGAGCAGUAGAAGGAAACGCGCUCCUCCAGUCCGCAUGGACGAGGAGUCAAAGAAGAGACUGAACUGGAACAUGCACGAAGAUCGGAGAAAUGAGACUGUUCUUGAGGACGAUCAGACGUCUCCCUGUGACCAGUCUGCAAGCUGGCAACCGGACUUUAGAGAGGGAGCCGAAGCAGAUGGAGCAGCAAGUUUCUCUAAUUUUGCCUUGCCCUCUGAGACAAAGGAGCAGCCUGGUUGCUCAUCCCAGGAAUUCGUCCCAGACUCUGUUGUGCUCAGUGUGGAACCAGCCUCUGAUCUGGGCCUGGUGUGGAGAGCAUUGAUAGGAGAAUUCAACCUCCAUCCAAAAUUUCCGCUAGAAGCUGUGGAUAGGAACUUUUAUCUGCUGAAAACUGGUGAUAAACUCUGCCUAAGUUUAACCAACAGUGAACGAUGCGGAGACCAGGGUGAACCACAAACUGGUGAUGACCUCAUAUGUCCAUUGGAGUGUUCAUUAGGUGGCUUAGCCUUGGAGGAGUUAGACUGGUUGCAGAGGAGGAAGAUUAUACACCUCUGUCAUCAGCAAGAGGAUGGGUCUCUGAAGCUGAAAGUUUUUCUGCUGGAGGGAGGGCUUGGAAAACCAGAAUUCCUAAGUGAGGGAAAUGGACGGAUAAGGAAAGCAAAUCAACUGAUGCAGAAAUUAAUGGAAUUAUUCUAUGACUUCAUCAUUCCUGAAGUGGUGGAGAACGAGGAGGAGGAGUGUGACACUGACCUGGAGCGUCAGAAUGUGGAGGAGCUGUAUGAGUACGUCAGGCACCUCCAUCAGAGACAGGAUCAGGGGCAAACCUUUGACGUCCAACACAAAGCCCUCAUUCCUAUACUGCGGCCCUACCAGAGUCAGGCUGUAAACUGGAUGCUAAGGAGAGAAAAGUACAACAGGCUUGAAGCAGAGGACACAGCUGAACCAUCACUGCAUUUCCUGUGGAGGGAGGUGGUCACAAUGUGUGGAAAGAGGCUGUUUUACAACCCGUACACUGGCUGCGUGAUCCAGGAGUUUCCCUUGGCAGGAGUGGACUGGCCAGGUGGAAUAUUAGCAGAUGAGAUGGGUCUAGGGAAGACUGUGGAGGUGUUGGCCCUUAUUCUGUUCAAUACCCGCCAAGGCCUAGAGCAAGGUGCACUUACUCUGCCUGCUGGUAGAUCGGUCAACUAUUUUGUUCCUCCACCACCUUCAGAGAGAAAGAGCACAAAGCAAUACAAGUGUGAGAUGAGACCUAAGGAAAAAGUGUCUUAUCCUGCUGUUCGUGUGAUGGUUCUGACUGCAAUUAAAGAAAUGAGGGUGGGGAAAGGAGCCUCAAUCAAUGCCAUUUUUGCUUAUUUGCGCACCAUGUACAAGUAUGAUCCGCUAAGGAACCGCAACCACCUCAAAAAGACCCUGAAUAAACUCAUUAGUGAGGAAAUGGUGGAGCAGGUCAAAGGCAGAGGGUUGGCUGGAUCAUUCAAACUGGGAAAGAAUUACAAAGAGAAGAAGAAAAAGGCUGCAGCCCCUAAAGCUGCGAGUUCAUCUGGAGAUGUCGUUCCCAGGAGAACAUCACGCCGAUUUGCGGGGCAACAAAAAGACAAUCCCGUGACCCCUUUCAUCUCAGGAACCUCUGACUCUGAGGAUACCGUGGGUAUUACUCCCACUACCCAGACACAGGAACCAAAAUGUGUGUCAGAUUCUUCAGUAGAGGGGGAAUCUCUCAGUGUCAGUCCUCCUCCUGACUGCACAGCAGAUGCCUCAGAUGAAGGGAGUAAAGACACAGUAGCAAACGUCAAAAAUGAAGCUAAACCUGAAGCCAUGGAGGAAGACAAAUUUCACCAGGACUGUCGUUCUCAAUCGGAAAUGUCUAUAGGCUCUCAGUCUCCACCUCCGACUAGGGCCUCAGUGGUCCUGCCCUUCAACACCCCUGAUUAUCGGUUUGAGUGUAUCUGUGGGGAACUGGGUCUGGUGGACUACAAGGCGAGAGUUCAGUGCCUCAACUGUUUUCUUUGGCAGCAUGCAGAGUGUGUUAACUACAAGGAGGAGAACCUGGAGACUACCCCUUUCUACUGCCCACACUGUCUGGUUGCCAUGACCCCUGUGCCCACGGGAGCCACUCUCAUUAUUUCCCCCAGCUCCAUCUGUCAUCAGUGGGUAGAAGAGAUUAACCGUCACAUCCGUUCAUCGUCCCUGAGAGUGCUGGUUUAUCAGGGUGUGAAGAGACACGGCUUCAUCCAGCCUCACAUUCUGGCUGAGCAGGACGUUGUCAUCACCACCUAUGAUGUUCUGCGUUCUGAGCUCAACUACGUGGACAUCCCUCACAGCAACAGUGAGGACGGGCGCCGGUUCCGGAACCAGAAACGCUACAUGGCCGUGCCGAGCCCCUUGGUCGCCGUGGAGUGGUGGCGCGUCUGUCUGGACGAGGCCCAGAUGGUGGAGUGCACCACAGCCAAGGCAGCGGAGAUGGCUUUGCGUCUCACCUCUAUCAAUCGCUGGUGUGUAAGUGGAACUCCUGUACAGAGAGGCCUGGAAGAUUUGUAUGGGCUCGUGCUGUUCCUGGGAGUCGACCCUUACUGGGUGAAGUACUGGUGGGACCAGCUGCUCUAUCGCCCCUAUCGCCGUGGCAACACAGAACCUCUCUACAACCUCAUCGGUCAGCUGCUGUGGCGUUCCGCCAAGAAGGAUGUCAUUGACCAGAUCCAAAUCCCACCUCAGGCAGAGGAGAUCCACUGGUUGCACUUCUCCCCCGUUGAGGGCCACUUUUACCAUCGCCAGCACGAAGUCUGCUCUCAGGAUGCCCUGGUCAAACUGAGGAAGAUUUCUGAUUGGUCUCUCAAGCUGGGCAGCCUGGAUCGGCGCACUGUGAACUCCAUCCUGUACCCGCUGCUGAGGCUGCGACAGGCGUGCUGCCACCCACAGGCCGUCAGGGGGGAGUUCCUGCCCUUUCAGAAGAGCACGAUGACCAUGGAAGAGCUGUUGAAGUCACUGCAGAAGAAGUGUCGCGUGGAGUGUGAGGAGGCUCACAGGCAGUUGGUGUGUGCUUUAAACGGCAUUGCUGGAAUCCACAUCAUCAGAGGGGAGUUUGUUGAGGCCGCAGAAAUGUACAGAGAAGUGCUACGCUCUUCAGAGGAACACAAAGACCGACUCAAAACUGACUCUUUGCAGAGGCUUCAUGCCACGCAUAAUUUGAUGGAGCUGCUGAAUGCCAAGCACCCUGGUAUACCUCCCACUCUGAGAGAUGACCGUCUGAAAGAAGAGGCGGAGCAGCUGAGGCAGCAUUACAUGACCAAGUCAAACUCAGAGGUGUCCGAAGCCCAGCAAGCCCUACAACCUGUACUCCAGAACAUCAGAGAGCUCAAACGCAAGGUUAACCUGCGCUCCCCCUGGUGGCUUGAUGUCAUACAGCAGGCCAUUCAGUACUCCAUGGAUGAUGACCUAGUUGGCCGCAUCCAGAAUGAACUCACCUGCAGCUACAAACAGCAGGCCAACAAGCUCUCAAUGGCAGACAAGUUUCGAGAUGCCCGUGGGCUCCAGUUUCUGCUCAGCACUCAGAUGGAUGAUUUGAUGAAAUCCCAGAAAACUGUCCAGGAUGCCGUGAAGAAGCUAGAGGGCCCACCCUCGCAGGAAGUCAUCGAGGAAGCAACCAUUUGUCACCUGAGACCCGUGCGUCUGCCGCUCAACAACUGUGUGUUUUGCAAAGCAGAUGAGCUUUUCACUGACUAUGAGUCAAAGCUGUUUUCUCACACAGUGAAGGGCCAGACUGCCAUCUUUGAGGAGAUGAUUGAGGAUGAGGAGGGUCUGGUGGAUGAUCGACUGCCCACCACGAGCCGUGGCCUCUGGGCAGCCAGCGAAACCGAGCGUACCCUGAAAGCCAUCCUGUCCUUCGCCAAGAUCCGUCGCAUGGACCCCGAACUAAUUGAAGAGGGCAACACUUUUAUGGAGCUCUUUGAGUCCUGGAAGAAAGAAUACAAGGUGUUGCACGAGUACUGGAUGACGCUGCGGGAUCACGUGUCAGCCAUCGAUGAGCUGGGGAUGGCCACAGAGCGCCUGCGUGUGCGGCUCCCCGACGAGCCCAAACCCAAAGUGCUGCACAUCAUAGAGCCACACGAGGUGGAGCAGAACCGUGUGAAGCUGCUGAACGACAGGGCUGUGGCCAAAUCCCAGCUCCAGAAGAAGCUGGGACAGUUUCUCUAUCUCACCAACCUGGAGAAGUCCCAGGAUAAGUCUACGGGAGGCCUGAACCCAGAACCAUGUCCGAUCUGCGCCCGCCCACUGGGUCAAGAGUGGGCAGUGCUUACAUGUGGCCACUGUUUCUGUAACGAGUGCAUCGCCAUCAUUGUGGAGCAGUACAGCGUUGGCAUGCGCCGCAAAGCCAUCAAGUGCGCCAUCUGCAGGCAGACCACCAACCAUACAGAAAUCUCCUAUGUCUUCACCACUCAGGCAGCCAAUCAGGGCCAGGAAAUCCCUGUGAAGGGAAGUCACUCCACUAAGGUAGAAGCAGUGGUCAGGGCACUGAAGAAGAUCCAGAUGACUGACCCUGGGGCCAAAUCCCUUGUAUUCUCCACGUGGCAGGGAGUACUUGACAUUAUAGCCAAAGCCCUCUUUGACAACAACAUUGAGUUCUCUCAGAUCAACGGGACCCAUAAGUUUCAGGAGAACCUGUGCUCUUUUAAAUAUGACGACAAGAUCAACACCCUUCUUCUACCUCUGCACACGGGUUCAAACGGUCUGAACAUCAUUGAGGCCACCCACGUUCUCUUAGUAGAGCCCAUCCUUAACCCAGCCCACGAGCUACAGGCCAUUGGCAGAGUGCAUCGCAUCGGCCAAACCAAACCGACUUACGUUCAUCGCUUUCUUAUUAAAUCCACUAUAGAGGAGCGAAUGCAGGCCAUGCUGAAAACAGCAGAGAAGAGUCACAGCACGACAGCAAUGAAGCACUCGGAGGCGUCGGUAUUCACCGUUGCAGAUCUGGCUGAGUUGUUUACCGAAGACAGCGAGGCGCUGGAAUGAACCUGUGAGCGGUGCCACGUCCAUUUCAAUACCAG